UAUAAGUAGGGACCAUGUCAUUCCAACAAGCAAACCAAAACAGCCUUGCAAGCUUCUCAAUCCACUUCACUAAUCACUAACCUUGCAAAUUUUCACAACUCCAAAGAGCAAAACUAAAUUGUACGAGGUAGCAAAGCAACCCAAUCCUUCAGCAAAAAAUGAUCCUAACUUGCCCAAUGGACACUUGACAAGUGUCGCGGAUCGCAGCCAUCGGAUGCAAUUUGAUUGGCUCUUGAUCAGCCUCCGGAUCGUGUAGCGCAGUGGUGGCUAGCACGUAGGUAGCAACAAAGCCAUGGACAUGGAGCAUGAGCUCAGGGGCGGCGGCGUCGGGGCGGCGGCGCAUGGGCAUGGCUCCAUCUGCUUCUCCGGCGGGCCGGUGCUCGUCGACGGGCGACGCAUCCAGCAGCUGCUCCUCCACUGCGCCGCCGCGCUCGAGUCCAACGACGUGACGCUGGCGCAGCAGGCCAUGUGGGUGCUCAACAACAUCGCCUCCUCGCAGGGGGACCCCAGCCAGCGGCUCACGUCGUGGCUGCUCCGCGCGCUCGUCGCCCGCGCGUGCCGUCUCUGCGCGGCGGCGCCGGCGGGCGCCGCCGUGGAGUUUCUGGAGAGAGGCCGGGCACCGCCGUGGGGGAGGGCCAUGUCGGUGACGGAGCUCGCCGACUACGUCGACCUCACCCCGUGGCACCGGUUCGGCUUCACGGCGUCCAACGCCGCCAUCCUCCGCGCCGUGGCCGGCGCAUCCGCCGUGCACGUCGUCGACCUCAGCGUCACGCACUGCAUGCAGUGGCCGACGCUCAUCGACGUGCUGUCCAAGCGGCCCGGUGGCGCGCCGGCGAUCCGGAUCACCGUGCCGUCCGUGCGCCCCGCCGUCCCGCCGCUUCUCGCCGUGUCGAGCUCGGAGCUCGGAGCCCGGCUCGCCAUCUUCGCCAAGUCCAAAGGCGUGCAGCUGGAGUUCAACGUCGUCGAGAGCGCGACGACGACGUCUCCGAAGAAGACGUCGACGACGCUGUGCCAAGAACUCGCGUCCGUGCUGUCCGACCCGCCGUCGCUGGGGCUAAGGGACGGCGAGGCGGUCGUCGUGAACUGCCAGAGCUGGCUCCGGCACGUCGCGCCGGACACGAGGGACCUCUUCCUCGACACGGUCCGGGCGCUGAACCCCUGCCUGCUCACCGUCACCGACGAGGACGCCGACCUGGGCUCCCCGAGCCUCGCGUCGCGCAUGGCGGGCUGCUUCGACUUCCACUGGAUCCUGCUCGACGCGCUCGACAUGUCGGCGCCCAAGGACAGCCCGCGGCGGCUGGAGCAGGAGGCGGCCGUCGGGCGGAAGAUCGAGAGCGUCAUCGGCGAGGAAGACGGCGCCGAGCGCUCGGAGCCCGGCGCGAGGCUCGCCGAGAGGAUGAGCCGGAAAGGGUUCGCCGGCGUCGUGUUCGACGAGGAGGCGGCGGCGGAGGUGCGACGAUUGCUGAGCGAGCACGCCACGGGGUGGGGCGUGAAGCGGGAAGACGACAUGCUGGUGCUGACGUGGAAGGGGCACGCCGCCGUGUUCACCGGCGCUUGGACGCCCAACUAGUUGAGCCUAGCUUAGCAAUCUACAGUAUACAUCAAGUGAUUAAAGCUUAAGCUGGUGUUAGACUGUCUAUUAGCUCAGAAGUGACAACGGAGAAUCAACUGAGGAGGAAUUUCUGGUUGGAUUUAGUGGAUCGUUUUAAACUUCUACUU